GUGCAAAACCUUACAUCUGUGUGCUUUUUUUCCGUUUAUUUGUGUUUUGUGUGACUUUCGGCAUAAAUUUGAAUUAGUAAAGUGAAUUUAUUCGAAUAGUUUUAUUUAAACUCCGGUUCUUAGUGUUUAAAGUUCCAAAAAUAUAUCGCAAAUAUAUAACUUUCUAUUAAUAAGAGUUUAAAUUUUAAAUUAUUAUGACUUAUUUUAUAAUAAUUUAAUAAUCAGCGUAUAGUGUGUACUGAGAUGGCUUCUGUCUUCCGAAGAAGAAUAGGGUAUAAGAUUGUUUCAACGAUUUUACCCCUUUUAAAUAAAGAUAAAGUGAUUCAUAUGGCUGAUAGUAUACCAGUUCUUCUAAAAUUACAACAGCACAAAUUUUUGCCACCACAAUUUGAAUUAACAUGGAAAGACAUUUUAAAAGUUCAGCCUGAGCUUCAGGAAAGAGUUCAUCCAAAUACAGUUUUAACUUAUUUAAAAAAUCAGGAUUUUCCCACUAAAGAUGGUAUCUCUGAUAUCUAUAUGGAUAGUAUCAAGCAAGACAAAUUUAUUUUUGUUGUGGAGCAAGAAAGGUUCACCUCAAGUGUUCUUCUUGACAUAUGCUUUAGAAUAAAUGUAAUACCAGCUAACAGUUGUUUCUUCAGAAAUGUACCAGUUGAAAGCAUACUAGUUGAAUUCAGCUCACCUAACAUUGCUAAACCUUUUCAUUAUGGCCAUUUUCGAUCAACAAUCAUUGGAAACUUUGUAGCCAAUAUAUGUAAUUAUGUAGGACAUGAAGUAACUAGAAUGAAUUAUAUUGGAGACUGGGGUUUUCAGUAUGGUAUUCUUGCUGCUGGCUUUAGGAAAUUUGGAAGUGAAGAAAAGCUUAGUGCAGAUCCAUUAACUCAUUUGUUUGAGGUGUAUAAGGAAGCAAAUGCAAGAAUAUCAAAUGAUAAAGAAUUUGAUGAAGAAGCAAGGAAAUAUUUUCAACUAAUGGAAGAAGGAGAUUCUGAAGUGUUAUCAUUGUGGAGUAAAUUACGAGACUUAAGCCUAAAAGAAAUGAAAGCAACAUACCAUAGACUGAACAUUAAUUUUGAUGUUUUCCAUGGGGAGUCCAUGUAUGCAGAAAAUGUCAAAGAAAUAUUUGAUGAAUUACAGAAAAAAAAUUUAGUUACUUGUGAUGAGAAUGGUUGUAUAGAAAUAGUAGUACCUAAACAGAAUGGUGAACAAGAAACUGUGGUUUUGAGAAAAAGUGAUGGUACUUCACUUUAUUUAUCAAGGGAUAUAGCUGCUGCCAUUGAUAGGAUGAAAAAAUAUCAUUUUGAUUCUUUAUAUUAUGUGGUGGAUUCAAGCCAAACCAAACAUUUCACCUUCUUGAGAAAUAUAUUAACUUCCAUGGGAUACUCAUGGGCAAGUAACAUUCAUCAUAUUCCAUUUGGUCGCAUUUUGAAAUUCAGCACUCGCAAAGGAAGUGUUGUUUUUCUUCAUGAUAUUUUAAAUGAAGCAAAGGAAAGGACUUUAGAGAGUAUGAAAAAUUCUCCAAUAUGUAGCCAUCCACUCAAAAGGUGGAAGAAUUGUGGCGACACACUGCCUUUCUGUGGCAACCCUAAAGAAUUCGUCUGUCACGAGGAUCACAUGCCCAGAUGCAUCAUUACGUCUACGUCUGCUUUUCUGUUUGAUAAUACUAAGGUGGAGGAUGAUAUGGAUGAAACUGCUGAUAUCCUUGGCAUUGCAUCUUUAAUAAUAAAUGAUUUUUCUACAAAAAGGAGAAAAGAUUAUAAUUUCACCUGGGAAAGAGUUCUUGAUAUAAAAGGAGAUUCUGGCAAUUCUUUGCAGUAUUGUCAUGCUCGACUUAAUAGCAUUAAGGAAAAAUGCGGCUUUGAUUUAUGUAAGGAUUGUGAGCUGCAGUCACUUGUUGAACCUGAAGCUAUAUCAUUAAUUGCCCAUUUAGCUAAGUUUGAUGAAGUUAUCUAUAAAACUUAUGCUGAUCUUGAACCUUGCAUAUUAGUUCAUUAUUUAUUCCUUCUAAGGAAUGAAAUUGGUCGAGCAAUCAAAGUUCUUCCUGUGAAAGGUUCUAAUCCAUAUGUAGGAAGGGCACGACUUUUGUUAUUUCAUGCAGCUCAAUUGGUAUUAAAAAAGGGCUUACAGAUAUUAGGAAUUACUCCUCUCAAUCAAAUGUAAAUUUCUGUUAUUAAUGUAAAUGAUUGUUUUUAUACAUUAAAUAUUUUUAAUCAGUGAA